CGGAGCUCGGCCCAAUAGCGGCCCAUUCAUUCCUUGCUUCGUCAUUUCAAUGCCUUGCUUCUCUUUUCUUCUUCUUCUCACGGAGGUCUGAAACAAUGGCGGGAUCGCCCGAAACCGUCGGUCUAGGAGCUGCCGGACGACGGAAGGAAGAUGAAGAAGACGACUACCUGGGAGACCUCUCACAGUUCCUUCCUCCGGAGGCAUCGGAACCCCCGAAGUCCAAAUUAACGAACAAAAAGAUUGCUAGCAUCAAAACCCAAGAAGUUCAAUCUUCGAAGAGGAAGAACUCGAAAGCAGCUGUAAGCUGGCAAGAGCAACGGAGGAUUGAAAGGGAGAGAAAGCAAAAGGAAGAGGAUGAACAAAUGCUUGCUAGAAUAGAGGCUCCGAUCCCUCAAUCUAACAUAGGGUUUAAGUUGCUAAAGCAAAUGGGUUACACUCCUGGCUCCGCACUUGGUAAAGAGGGUUCAGGGAGAGCUGAGCCUGUUGGGAUCCAGAUUCGGAGGACCAGAAUGGGGAUUGGAAGGGAAGACCCACACAAGGAGAAGAGGAAGAGGGAGGAGUUUGAGGCAGAAUGGAAGAAAAAAAUGGAUGCGGCUAUGAUGGCUGAUUUCGGUUCUAGAGUGAAGUCCCAAUGGCGGAGUAGGAGGGUUGUUGUGAACUUUGGGAAAGCCAAAGCAGCUCUUGAUCAACUGGAGAACAAAGAGUUUGUUGAGCCCAAGAAGGAUGAGGAUGAAGAAGAAGAUAAACAGGGCGAGGAAGAAGAAGAAGUGGUGACAGAAGAGGAUUUGCAAGAAAUUUUGAUGAAACUUAGAGAAGAACAUCGGUACUGCUUGUUUUGUGGGUUUCAGUACGAGACCAUGGAAGCACUUUUAUCGAAUUGCCCUGGAAUAGAUGAAGAAGACCACUAGAUAUAUAUUUACGGUGGACAAAGUACUUGAACAGGUUCUGGAAAAUCAAGUUGCUUAGCUUUUCUGAUGUUUUCUGGAAAAACAAGUGAGAUUAGAAGGCAGACCCUUUUGUGGAUCACUUCAUUUUGAUUCGGUGGUAGCACAUAAUCCAUUGAUGAAAACAGCAGGCUCAUGCAGAGUGAAAGCUGAUUGGGAGUCAAAUCAGUUGCCUGUCUCCAGGUUUAUGAAGGGGGUUCAGAGCUCAUAUCUGUAACUUAUUAAGACACGAUGAUUGACAAUAGAUUAGCUAGUACCUGAUACAUCAGUCAAUAGCAAAUGUAGCAUCCAUUAUCAUGGUACAUCAUUUAGCAAAUACAAGCCAACAAAUUA